AUGCCUGAAUUAUAUUCACAUAAAGCAUUGGUGAAUAUCUCAUCUGUUGGUUUAGAAUUUGCUAGGAUCACAACAGUAGAUUUCUAUCGAAACUGGGAAGAAUAUAAGACAGGCUUUGGGGAUUUGAGAAGUGAAUUUUGGCUUGGAAAUGAGAAAAUUCACCGCCUUACAAAGCAAAAGGAUACGAAGAUUCGGUUUGAUCUUGAAGAUGUGGAUGGCAACAAAGCUUUUGCAGAGUAUAAUACCUUUUAUAUUGAUGGCGAAGAUAAACAAUUUACAGCACAUGUAAGUUCUUACUCAGGAACGGCUGGCGAAUCAUUUUCAAAUACAAAUGGGCGUAAAUUUUCAACCAAAGAUAAAGAUCACGACACGAAUCCAGGGGGAAGUUGUGCUGUGGUAUAUCAUGGUGCGUGGUGGUAUGGAAAAUGUCAUUCAUCCAAUUUAAAUGGAAGAUAUCUAAAUGGUCCACAUAAGUCGUAUGCCAAUGGGGUAAAUUGGCAAGCGUUCAAAGGUUAUCACAACUCAUUGAAAAGAACUGUCAUGAAAAUAAAGCUACGGAAUUAGCCAAGAACAAAAUUUAACAGAAAUGGCAGCUAUGCUAGCAGUUGUAGAAAAUAGUUAACAACUUAUGUAACAGAUAAAAGAUUGUAAACGAUGAGAAAAAUGUAAAAGAGUAGCUUAUAGCAUAUGUUAGAAACAUAUAAAUGCUUAAAUGC